UCAUUUCCAACCAAUCACAACCCAGAUAACUUCCUGUUUCCUAUCUUAUUCAGAAAAAAAAAUGCAUUGGCGAUUUAAUGUGAAAGCAGAUCCCCUCAAACUUUUUACAGUUUUCUAUCGCAACGAUUUCAAGGAAAAACACUGCUAAACAUGGAUUCCAUGGAACUUGAUGACUGCGGCUAUGUAAAUAAGAAAUUUACGACGCAAGGGCUCGUCACUGAAGGGAAUUUUCAACAAAGAAACAAGUCAUCCAGAUGUGUCACUGUGUGUCUUGGUUUACUGUGCGCUGUCUCACUGGCCGGUAACAUUGGACAAUUCAUCUACUACGAGCUAAUGCCUGGAUUUUCAAUGGCGGACCGGGCUAAUUCUGAUCAUCUGACUCAAGACCUCCAUCUCAACAGCGACAUGUUUCCCACAGAUAGAGACCACGUGGAGAGAAACCAGCUUGAGGUCAUGUUGAAUAAUCUGACAAGGAACAAAGAGCAGUUACAGGCCAGUUACGAAUCCCUUGUUGAAGAGAAACAACAGUUGGAGAACAGCUACAAUUCACUGGUGAAAGAGAGAGAUAGACUCCUCAGCAGCGAAACAGUUUGGACUGCCGAAAGAGACGAGUUGAGGACCAACUUCCAGAGUGUGAAGCAGCAACAUGAUCAGUUGCAGACUAAUUACAGUCUCCUAAAUACAGAGAAUGAUGUGCUACAAACAUUAAAUAGUGCACAGGGGACAGACAAAGACCAGUUACAGGCCAGUUACGAGUCCCUUGUUAAAGAGAAAGACCAGUUACAGACUCGUUACGAUUCUCUUGUUAAAGAGCAAGCACACCUUCAAACCAGUAAAACUACUGUGGCUGCUGAACGGGAUGAGCUAAAGUCCAGCCUAAACAGUCUUAAAAAUGAGAAAGACCAGUUACAACGCGAUUACUCUUCACUGAGAACCAAGAAAGAUCAGUUACAGACCAGCUACGAUUCUCUCUCUAAAGAAAAACAGCUUCUCCUUGCUAGUAAAACCACUUUGUCAACUGAAAAAGAUGAGUGCAGGUCCCGCCUUAACAAUCUGGAAAAUGAGAAAGACCAGUUGCAACACAGUUACUCUUCAUUGAGAAGCGAGAAGGACCAGUUACAAGCCCGUUACAAUUCCCUCGAUCAAGAGAAAAAACUUCUCCUAGCAAGUGAGACCACUUUGUCAACUGAAAGAGAUCAGUUGAGGUCCCGCUUUAACGGUCUGAAAAAUGAGCAGGAUCAGCUACAACGCAGUUAUUCUUCACUGAGAAGCGAAAAAGACCAGUUACAGACCCGUUACGCAUCACUCGUUCAAGAGAAAGCGGGACUUCUAACCAAUAACACCAAUGUGGCUGCUGAGAGAGAUGUGUUCAAGUCCCUCUACAAUGAUAUUAAAGAUGACAGAGCGCAUUUACAGAACAAUUACACUUUGCUGGAGGCUGACAGAGACCGGCUGGAAAGAAAUAACAGAGCAUUGAGCAUCAGUGAAAGUAUGUGUCAGACCAGGUACUGGCUCCUGCAAAGACAAAAGGAGCACAUUCACAAUGACUGCGACACUCUGCGGGUUGAACAUGAGCAGCUUCGCGGAAACCAAAGCAGCCUUGAGACACAAAGGUACGAGUUGCAGAAGAACGUGGACAAGAUGACCGCCAAGCUGAGCUACAUGCUCUGUGGGGUCGGCUGGAGAAAGUUUGACGGCAACUGCUACUUUGUGUCAAGCUUGAGUAAGAACUGGGCGGAAAGCAGACAAGAUUGCAUCAACAAGGGAGGCGAUCUGGUUAUUAUAAACAGCAAGGAGGAACAGGUAUUCGUUAAUGGUUUAUUGGGGCAAAACCAGCAUGCAUGGAUUGGUCUGAGCGACCAAAUCAAGGAAGGAACGUGGAUUUGGGUGGAUGGGACCCCUCUCAACACAGAGUUCUGGCAGAAGGGUCAGCCCAACAACUUCCGGAACCAGGACUGCGUUAAAAUCCAGAGCAAAUCCUCUCUCGUGUUCGGAGCCUGGAAUGACGAUAACUGUUCCCUUAAACAACGCUGGAUUUGUGAGACUUGAAGACAAUAUGUAGCUUAGGACCUAACCCAUUCAACUUAAUGGAUACCUGCAGAUACAAUACAUUUUCUUGUGCUGAAUAGCUUCAGAAAAAUCCAAAAUUAUGAAAUGUUUUUUGGGUUUUUUUGUGUCCAAUUUUAAUGAUUUAUAUGUGAACAUGAAAACAUGAUUUAUUUGGGCAAAUCACCCUCAUACAGGGUUUACAUGUUGCCUUGUAUGCAAACUACACUGUUUACCAUUGGUAUAAAUAAAAUUGUACAGCACAAUUCAU